UUGAUUGGCGCUGAAGGGUGAAGUUCGAAGACAAUUCCGGUGGACAUUACAUUUGAACUCAUACUCAUUAUCAAUAUUAUCAUUAAUACUAUAUUUAUCGCAUUUUUUCUCACACUGAAUGUAAAGUUCGAUCUUUUUCCAGUGAAAGUUAUCUAACCUAGAAGCUACUGCUACAAGAUCUGCUAUCUCGGGGACAGUUUCAAAAGUUUGAUGAGAUUUUUCUCGGGUUAAAAGAAAUAGAAGGCUUGGUGUAUCGCUACUCUGCUCAGAGAAGUUUCCAGUGGAACUAAAAGUCUAGCCAGGUAGUAGGUAAAAAAAUGUUUUAUCAUCAAGGAAUACUGCAGAAGAGAGGUGGAAAGUUUGGUAUCAUAUGGCUUGCUGCUACUAGAAUAGAGCAUUUGAAAAGGAGAGAACUUUGUGAAGUUAACCUGCAAAAAACCUGUGAUGACAUCAUUGACCACAUACUAGUGCGGGUACAGGCAAAGACUCCAGGAAAGAAGAGAACUCGCUUCUCCCUAUAUCUGUCAUCACAACUCCUGUAUGGUGCCACUCGGGUACUGGCAAAGCAGAGUGAUUUCCUCUUUAGUGAUGCCUCCACUUUCUUUACUCGUGUUAGAAUGGCUAUUGCCGCUGAUGCUGAAGCUGAGAUAGAUCUCAAAGGAAUCUUUAGAUGUGAGACAGUGACCAUUCCUGAUAUGGCGACCAUUGACUCGCCUGGGCGGCCUGGCUUUGAUCCAACCUUCGGUUUGAUGAGGAUGGGAUCCUCUGAGGCUAAAAUAACCUACCCAGAACUGGAAAUGUGGAGAGUAAAUUCCAGCAUGGUCAUCCCAGGGUCUCCCUACCUGAGCCCAAUCCCAAAGCGGCGGGGGUCAUCACCAGCAUCCAAAGACAGCAGUCAUGUAAUACAGCCAGAACUUGGAAGUCCACACACAGUUUCCAGCAAGGAUGAAAUCACCAUUAGAGAAGAGGAAAUACAAAUUCCAGAUAUAGAGGUGCCUGGCGAGAAGGACCUUCCCACUUUUGAUGGGAAGGAAUUGGACAUGAUUCUUGAGGAACCUCUGGACCCCAACAUCAACUGGAUGAAUAUUCUUUCCCCUGUCGUGCCAGAACCUCCAAAGGAGACAACCCUUGAUCAGAUGGCACAGGAGCAGGGAACUUUAUCUCCUAAGGAGCAAACACCGUUUUCAAGGCCAGAUGGAGAAUUACCGCAGAGAAGGGACAUGGCUCUUUCCCCUGGUGUGACACCUAUCCCUAAGAUGACACCAGUUCAGGCCCAAAGAAUGAGGCCUAGUCUGACAAUGCAACUGACCCCAGUAGCUCCGAGUCCUGUUCGUAGACGCCGCCGCCGCCACCUUUGUAUUGACCGGAAUACACAAAUAUCUAAAGAACAGUUAAGGAAUAACAUGAAGACGGGUGCUGACACCUGUCUCCCACUUGUUUUGCCUGACCCACAAAAUUCUACAGUGAAAGAUUUGUUCAGUAGACCUGGCAAAAAAGCUCUGAAUCACCCUUCGAUUUUGCCUUUGUGGGAAAGCAACACAAAGUAUGGUAUAUCAGAGACAGACUCUGACCGCGGUAUUCCAGUAUGGAGCGUCCCUGAUCUACAUUUACAGGAGGAAGAACCACGUUCAAGAAAGAGAUUACGGAUUUCAACUCCACCGAUAGAAAAACUUGCAUCACCUCCUCAGAAAGUUAGACAAGAUGUCACUAUGGAAACAUCAUUGCUACCAGAGGUGGCACAAGACAUGCCGUCGAUAGAGAUACCACGUGACACCUCCAUAUCCAUGGAGAGGAGUCGUCAUGGAGACGUGACCCCUGUCUCCCUACACCACAGUCGCAGCUUACUAUCAGACGUGGACAAGAGUAAGGACAGCUUUACCGACGAACCCAGUGCUAAGAGGAGCAGAUCAUCAAGGAAGACAAGGUCAAGAGGUGGCACCUCCAGUGAGGAUGAUCUAGCUGACAUAACGGCUCGAGCACCAUCAGACGUGAGUUUCCCAACCAGAGAGGAUGUAAGUGUUGCUGGUAAUCUAUCUAUAGUGCAGGAGGAGGAGAUGCAUGUCAGUCGCCUCCAGGAUAUACCAGCAAUGGUAGCAGAACCACAGCUCUCACAUCAUCGUGACAUCCUCAUCAGAACCAUUGACCGGCUGGAUAGAGAAGAUACACCAACUACCUUUCAGCACAUCUGUCCACCGCUGUCUUCAUCAAGGAAAAUGGCUGCUAAAAUGUUCUCCACUUUACUGGAGUUGUGUGCUGGCAACAAAUUGGAAGUUGAACAAUAUCAUUCAUAUGACGAUAUCUACAUAACAAAGGGUCAGAACUGGUAGUGAUUGCAGACCGCGGAGCAAGUGCCUUAUCAAUGUUAUUGUUUUCAAUAUUAUACAUGUACAUGAACAGUUACACUUUUGUUUAAAUAAAAUCAUGAAACCUGUUGUAUCACCAAUGAACACAAAUACAUCAUUGUAUAUGAUUGAGAAGCAAUAUGAUAUUUAUAGGAGUGGAUAUAGGGUGACAGAACUAGUGCUAUAAUUCUGUCUGCACCUUAAAUUAAAUGACCGAUGAAGAUUUUGUUUCACAUGCUCUCUUGUUAAAUACCUCAUUGAUGUACGGGCUUUUGGGAUCAUGAAAAAAAAGUUGACUUCAAUCCAGAUUUAAACGAUGCCUCCGUUCCGUAUCAAAAUAAGAUUUUACAUUUGAACACAUCUACAUAUUUGUCAUUAUUGACUUUUACACCAUAAUUUGAAAUGGAUUCUGAGAGAUAACAUUUUUUUUUUACUGUCAUUUGAAAUUUGAACAUCAGUUUACAAAGUUGGACUUCUUGGCCAGCUCUUAUAAUGGCAAUAAUAGUUUUUGCCACCCCUACCGCUUAUAAUAAUAAACACAUACAGAAAUAAAUGGAUGGUAAUUUUAUGUUGAAAUAUCUUUAAUAUCACUAAGUGUUUUGUUAAACGAUGUUUAUAAUUUAUUCAUGAAGAAAGGAAUAGAUUGAUGAGACUUUUAUUGUAAAUCACUUGAUUUUUGCAUAUAUUUGUGUUCCAAAUGACUUGUUGACAGAGUUUUGAAUUAAAAGAUGUGUUAAUGAUUUUGUUUCAAAGUGCAUCAGUCGAAAUAUGUGAGAUUUUGUGAUUGGUUCUCCAGACCAAUUUAUGCUGAAACAUUUAUCUCACAAAACAUGGGUGAUUUUUUUUAUUACUGAAAGAACUUUUUUAUU